AUGUGGAUAAAGGUCAAUGGACUUUACAUAGCGUUAGCGGUGAUUGGAGGCGUCUUGACGUGCAUCGGUGUUGUAUGCGUGAUAUUGGAACAUCGGAGGAACCAACACUUUGAUGUGCCAGAAGAGACAGUUUGUGAUGUUCAAGUGAAGAGGUACAACGAAGACAUCAUUUUACAUGUUGACCAGGCAGAAAACCAGAAAGAAACGAACGUGCCAGCGGAAUGUGCUUGUGAAGAAAACGGAAAUAGGAGUGGCCAGGUCAUUAAUGGCCACUUUGAUGAUGUUGACAACACAGUAAAGAACCAGGAAAAUAUAAUUUACGAAUCACAAUUGACGGCUUCCUGCAAUACUUUGAAACAGUACAUCCAGGGCAACGGAGUGGGUGGAAAUUAUUAUGAGGACGUUGACAACAUAACAACGAACCAGAAACAGAUCUCUAAAUCACAUUCGGCAGCCUCGUGUAAUGCUCUGGAACAGAAUAGCCAGGACAAGGGAGUCGGCGGAGAUUAUGAGGACGUAGACAACACAACCCCAUCGCCGGCCUCAUGUAAUACUCUGGAACAGCAUAGCCAGGGCAAGGGAGUCGGCGGAAAUGAUGAGGACACAGACAAUACAGCAGAGAGCCAGGAAGAUUUCGCUGAAUCACAAUCGACGGCUUCUUCUAAUAAUCAGAAACAGAACAGCCAGGGAGACGAAGUCAGUGGAGGUUAUGAGGACAUAGACAACACCGCAAAAAGCCAGGAAGAUAUAUCUGGAUCACAAUCGACGGCUUCUUGUAAUAGUCUGAAACAGCACAGCCAGAGCAACGAAGUCGGUGGAGAUUAUGAGGACAUGGACAACACAGCGGAUGCCAAGGAGCAGCCGACAGGACCAGGAAAGGUUGAAUCUGAACCAUGCAUUAAGGACAUCAUACAGGAUAAUGCAUAUGAAACAAUAUCCAUCGGAGAGGGUAAUCGCAGACCAGCGUCCAUUUUACAGCUUUGUCCCGAGACCAUCCUUAAAACUGGUGAUGUUUAUGCGAAAGUGAAAAAGUGAGGAUAUCAACUUUGGAAUGGGCUGAUCAGUGAGAGGCUGCAUAUGAUACAUGUAACACAGCCAAAAUGUGCAUGGAACUCAACAUUGACAGCACUAUUUAUUUAUCUCGAAUUCCACCAUACUGACGUGUAGGCGGAGUUCUGCAUUUCAACUAUUCGUCUAUUCCAGAAUGUGGCUGUUUGUUUCCAUUUUACUACCAAUGUGUAUUUUUGUUCGGAAGUAAUCUUUGGAAAUCAAUAUUGGCUUAUUAAAAAGUACCUUCUGCGCCGUGUGGAAGUUCAUACGACGUGAAGCGAUGGUCAAGUUACUGUUUAAUCAGAGACAUGCUAUUGUGAUUUGAAGCCGUUGAUGUGAAUGUUUUGUUUUUUUUAAUUUCAAUCACUGUAUAUAUUCUCAUUUAAACCACGAACAAUAGGAUUUGAAUAAUGAUAUUAUGCGCUGGGAGACUGAUGCAGCUCUACAUGUAUGUGAUAUUUUCAACUUUUGCCUGCAAUAGUGCACAUAACACAUCCAUCAAGUUAAAACAUGUGUAAAUAAUGUAUUGUGUUCUGAUGGUCACUU